AGAGAGAGAGAGAGAGAGAGAGAGAGAGAGAGAGAGAGACUGGGGUGGGGGUUGGAAGUACUGGAGGAAGGACUUCCCACAAACAGUCUUGUGACUUACAGAAAGACAAAGGGAAAGGCUUCUCCCUGACUACAGCGCUUCAAAAGUUUGGUUGCUGGAGCUUUUUGCACUUUGCUAGGCUUAGUGUUCGCUGCCGCAACUUUGUUUGUAUUCCUGUUUGUAAGUGUGUGUGUGUGAGUUGGUUUUCCCUUUGGAGUGUGUGUGUGUUGGGGGAGGUAGGAGGGACUAACCAGCUGAUGUCAUUCAGGGCAGCAGGCUGAAAGAGACCCUUUGUUGGCAGUCUUUAGCACGAGCGCCUCUCUCUCACACACACUCACGGGGGACUGGAGAAUGGCUGUGUCCACUCUGCCUUGCUGCCUCGUGUCCACUCUGCCCUGCUGCCUCAACUGACUCACCCGCACGUCCUGCUCUGGCCUCGACCGCUGUCUUAAACCGUGCUCCUUAGGAGGAGAGGAGGAAACCAAGAUGGAGGCGACAGACCGCUAGAGUAGUCGGCAGACCGGAGGAGUUCAAGCUGGGCUGGAGAGAAGAGGGAGAGAAAAAAAAACGGAUUCUUUCACCUUCAAAGUUUUGUUUUUAACAAUCCUCUGCCCCCCUUUUCUCGUCGGUCAAAGGAACCUUUUCCGAACUUUUUUAUUUUAUUUUUAUUUUUUCUCUUUUUUCUUCUUCUCGUGAGCGGAAAGUACGUUAGGGAGAGAGACGCUCAGACCAGAGAAGAAUCUGGAGUUUUCAAGUGGGAAUUGGGGGAAAAAAAGCAAAUGAAAAUGUUGGAGAUUUGUCUGAAAUUGGUGGGGUGCAAAUCUAAGAAGGCACUCUCGUCCUCCUCCAGCUGCUACCUGGAAGAAGCUCUGCAGAAGCCUGACUUGGACCCCCCAGGUCUGUCGGAGGCGGGCCGCUGGAACUCCAAGGAGAGCCUGCUGGCUGGGCCCAGUGAGAACGACCCCAACCUGUUUGUGGCGCUUUACGACUUUGUGGCCAGCGGGGACAACACCCUCAGCAUCACCAAGGGAGAGAAGCUCAGAGUGCUGGGGUACAACCACAAUGGUGAGUGGUGCGAGGCCCGGACCAAGAACGGCCAGGGCUGGGUGCCUAGCAACUACAUCACGCCGGUCAACAGCCUGGAGAAGCACAGCUGGUACCAUGGGCCGGUGUCACGGAAUGCAGCUGAGUACCUGCUGAGCUCCGGGAUCAACGGCAGCUUCCUGGUGCGAGAGAGCGAGAGCAGCCCAGGACAAAGGUCCAUCUCGCUGCGCUACGAGGGCCGGGUCUACCACUACCGCAUCAACACCGCCUCCGACAGCAAGCUGUACGUUUCAUCAGAGAGUCGUUUCACCACGCUGGCUGAGCUGGUGCACCACCACUCCACGGUGGCCGACGGCCUAAUCACCACGCUGCACUACCCUGCGCCCAAGCGCACCAAGCCCACGGUGUACGGCGUGUCGCCCAACUACGACAAGUGGGAGAUGGAGCGCACCGACAUCACCAUGAAGCACAAGCUGGGCGGCGGGCAGUACGGGGAGGUGUACGAGGGCGUGUGGAAGAAGUACAGCCUCACCGUGGCCGUUAAGACUCUGAAGGAGGAUACGAUGGAGGUGGAGGAGUUCCUGAAGGAAGCUGCUGUCAUGAAGGAGAUCAAGCACCCCAAUCUGGUGCAGCUGCUUGGUGUGUGCACACGCGAGCCUCCCUUCUACAUCAUCACAGAGUUCAUGACCCACGGCAACCUGCUGGACUACCUGAGGGACUGUCUCCGGGAGGAGGUCAAUGCAGUGGUGCUGCUCUAUAUGGCUACGCAGAUCUCCUCCGCCAUGGAGUACCUGGAGAGGAAGAACUUCAUCCACAGGGACCUGGCUGCCAGGAACUGCCUGGUGGGGGAGAACCACCUGGUGAAGGUGGCAGACUUCGGCCUGAGCCGGCUGAUGACGGGAGACACCUACACCGCCCACGCAGGUGCCAAGUUCCCCAUCAAGUGGACCGCCCCCGAGAGCCUGGCCUACAACAAGUUCUCCAUCAAGUCUGAUGUCUGGGCAUUCGGCGUGUUGCUAUGGGAGAUCGCCACCUAUGGGAUGUCUCCGUACCCGGGCAUCGAUCUGUCCCAGGUGUAUGAGCUGCUGGAGAAGGACUAUCGCAUGGAUCGACCUGAGGGCUGCCCGGAGAAGGUGUACCAGCUGAUGAGGGCCUGCUGGAAGUGGAACCCUGCUGAGCGCCCGUCCUUCGCUGAGACCCACCAGGCCUUCGAGAACAUGUUCCAGGAGUCAAGCAUCUCCGAUGAGGUGGAGAUGGAGCUGGGCAAACAGCAGUGUGUGGGCUGCAGUCAGAAGGCCCCAGAGCUGCCCACCAAGACCAGGACCCUUCGCAGGAACCAGGACCCCCGCGACCCUGACAGCCUUGACCCAGGAGAGCCGGAGGUGGCUGUGUCUCCCCUGCUGCCCAGGAAGGAGCGCCCCCCGCUGGACGUGGCAGAGGAGGACCGGCUGCUGCCCCGGGACAAGAGUCGCAGCAGCUUCCUGAGCCGCAUCAAGAAGAAGAAGAAGACGGCUCCGGCUCCCCCCAAGAGGAGCAGCUCAUUCAGGGAUACAGACGCUCACCUGGACCGCCACGCCCCGGAGCCCCGCGACGACGCCCCCGGCGACGCCCCCGACCACGCCAAGUUCCCGGGCGCCAACAACAACGGAGUGGGCGGGGUCACCAAUGGAGCGCCUCCCUACCCCAGCCCCCUGUUCCCCCCCCACAGCAGGAAGAAGGUCGUCCCGGCCGUGCCGGUGGCGGGGGGCAGGGGGGGCAUGGGCCCCCCGGCGGAGGAAGACGUGGUGUCCAACUCCAAACGCUUCCUGCGCUCGUCGUCUGCCUCCAGCGCUCCGCCUGGCUCAGACAGGUCAGAGUGGAGAUCCGUCACGCUCCCCCGUGAGCUCGGCCAGCGGCACUUUGACUCGGGCACCCUGGGGGGCAAGCCGGCGCUGCCGCGCAAGAAAGCCAGCGAGCAGAAGGGGGAGGCGUGCCCUCGCCGUGGAGCCCUCACGCCCCCGCCCCGCCUCCCCAGGAGGAUGGAGGAGGCGGACGAGGUGUUCGGGGAGGCGGAACCUCCGACGGCUCGGCUUAGGAGGCUGGAGAGCUGCAGGACCAGCGCCCUGCAGGCCGAACUCCUCAAGCCCAACGUGUUCCCCGCGCUGGGGGCCGCCGCCGAUGAGUGCAGGGCCCGUCGCCACAGGCCCGCCCUGGACCCCUCCUCCACGGCCACUCCCCAGGGAAAGUUCCAGAAGUCCAAGCCGGCGCCGCCUCCGCCGCCCUCCGGCAGCAAGUCAGGCAAGCCCUCCCGGGGCCUCGACCUCCCCUCCCCCACGGACCACAAGCCCCGAGGCCCGGAGCCCCACAACGCCUCCAGCGACCCGCCCCGCCCCCUCCUCUCUGACCUCCCCAAGAAGCUGGUCUCCUCCUCCAAACCGUUAAAGACCUCCUCCUCCUCCAGCUCUGUCUCCUCCUCCCCCGGCCAGACCUCCUUCUCCCCCCUGGGCUCGCCCCUGGGUUCCCCCGGGGACCCCGCCUCCCCCCCGGCCUUCAUCCCCCUCUUGGACACCCGCCGCUCCCUGCGCAAGACGCGGCAGCCCCCGGAGCGGACGUCCCACUCGGCUGUGACGCGUGAAAUGGUCCUGCAGGGCAGUGAGGAGCUGCGCACCGCCAUCGGCCGCGUGUCGGAGCAGACGGGCAGCCACAGCGCCGUGCUUGAGGCUGGGAAGAACCUGUCUCGCCGCUGCGUGAGCUUCGUUGAGUCCAUCCAGCAGAUGAGGAACAAGUUUGCGUUCCGCGAGGCCAUCAACAAGCUGGAGAACAACCUGAGGGAACUGCAGAUCUGCCCAGCUGUCACCGGGGGCGCCAGCGCACAGCAGGACUUCAGGAAGCUGCUGUCCUCCCUCAAAGAGAUCAGUGACAUCGUCCAGAGGUAGCAAGACACACAUCUGACCAGGAGGCUAACCUGAUUUGAAAAUACAACUGCCACCCCCCCCCCCCCCCCCCCUCCUCUUCCCCCCCCCCCCCCUCCCCUUCUUCUGCGGCCGAGUGCGUCAGGAGAGCCCAGCCGGUCGUGUUUCGGAGGACGGAGGGUUCUGGACGCUACAGGACAGCUAGAGAACUCACUUCUGGAGAAGCUGGCUUGGCUGUUUCCCAGGACCCUGCAGCCUGUGGUUACCGGACAGACUCAAAGACAAACACACUAUUGAGUGUUUUUUUGUGUUUUUUUGCCGAGACCCUCAAACCUAUGAAUGCAAGUUUCUCUGUGGCCUUACUGGAACAGCGGCCAGGGCCCAGUCCUGACACUUUUACAGACAGGAAGCUGUCUCUCUCUGUUUCCUGUUAGCUGACGAUGUGCAGCAACACCUGGAGGACUCCUGCCCGCUCUGCUUAGAAUGAACUCAGUAAGCUUACACACACAUUCUCCACACACACACAUACACCACACACACACUUACUACCUGCUCUCUCCAUCAUCCCUUCUGUUGACUUGGUGUGUGUAUGGAGUGUGUGUGAUUGCGUCAGUAUUGUGUGGACGGAUCCAUGUAUCAGUAUUCACCAUGUGCCAUAAAGGAGCUAUGGAAGAUCCCCCCCCCCCCUCUCCCCCCAGCAACACUAGCAGCAGCACAGUCCUCCAGGUGGGACUCACCUGAGCACUCACACACCCACCACUUCCUGGUUACACACCGUCUCCACGGCAACCCGGAGAGAAACCAGGAACAGGAUGUGAAUUUUGUUUUUAUGUCUUGAUGAGCGAACCCUAGUUGCUCGUCAUCUUUUAUUUGUUUUAACUGACAUUUCGUUGUUGUCCUCUAAACCACUUACAACUUCCAGAGCUGCUCCGCUCUGGAGAACCUUGUGCACGUACAGGAACGUCUCAUGUCCCAGGGUUCCCCUUGCUACACUGCAGAACCCACCCAGACAUUCCCUGACACAGCCAAUCAGAGGGCACAUAGAAUGACCCCCCCCCUCACCUACGUGUUCAGUAUUACUCUGACCCUUGACCUUAGCCCUGUCUGACUGCGAGGGCGUUCUGAACCACAGCUGCCUUCCUUCACGGUACAUGACGACAUCUCCGUGACGACGUCUCCUUCGUGAAUACAUUUGGCGUUGUCAUGGUGACAGACAGAGCCGCCGCAUCAUUCUGCUCCCCUUGUAAAUACAAACUUUCUUUUUUUGUUCCUUUAUUGUAACCUUGGUGCAAUUUUAUUGUUGUAAUAAAAUAAGCGAUUUUGCUACUUGAAAUGGA